AUGAAAAAGCGAAAGACAUCUGAGUCUGGAGCUGCUGUGAUAACCGCUGUGGCGCCAGCACUAUCCACCGAUGAUGUGCGAGUUUCAGCGAAGGACAGAAAUAUCCAGAAAAAUGGUAAUGGCAAGCCCCCGCGAAACACGAAUGAGCGAUUCUCGAGGAUAAAACCCCAAAAUAUACCUUCAGAACACCUUCUGGACAACGGGUACGAAGCAAAGGGCGGUAUCAGUAAUGACUAUGGUAGUCGUGCACACCAGGACUUGAUUGUCACACGGGGUGCAGGGUUCAGGAAGGAGAAAAACAAGAAGAAAAGAGGUUCAUAUCGCGGCGGAGAAAUCACUGUGAGCAUGCUCUUUCUUCGGUGUUGA